AUGUACAAACGGGCUUAUGUUCGCUUCGCAACAACCAAGUUUAAUCUGGACUCACUUGAUGCACAAGUGCACUUGACCAAUAAUGCCAUUCAGAAGAAUUACUCCAUCGAUGCUGAUGUUCAGGAUGCCGUACCAGAAGAAAAAAUGUGGUUCUCUGAAGAGCUUGAUGAAUACCUUCGAAGUCUGGGACAUGGAAAUGCUUACCAAGAAAAAAUCUAUGAAGACAUGAAGAACAUUCUUAUAGAAUCGUGUCUGUCGUCUCAGGAGAACUCAACGCACAGGAAGAACUCAUUCGAGGUUUACGGCGCCGAUUUCAUGCUAGACGAGAAGCUCAAUGUAUGGCUGAUUGAAAUUAACCAGGGACCAACAAUGUCCACUGCUACAAAGGUAUCUGAUGAGCUUGUCGGCGAAAUGCUUGAGGAUAUGUGUAAAGUCGUCGUUGACAGACGAGCUCGUGGUGGACGCAAUGCGGAUACAGGGAACUUUGUGCAAGUGUACAGGCAAGGAAACGCUGACCCUCCGCCAUUCACUGGAACAGCACUUUCCGUCGAAGGAAAGCAAAUACCGAUUGUAAAAAAGGAUAAAGAUGCCAAUGAAAAUGAAGAAGGCGAAGAACAAGAUCAAGCGUUCGAGCAGCGAGUCUAUUCUUGGGACCACGAUCGAAUCGAACGUCUCGCCCAGCCAAGGCACGUAAAAAAGCGACGAGACGAUGUUGAUCAAAAGCGAAUAGAAAUGCGCUUGAAGAAGCCGAACUCUGGAAAAGUAGAGAGUCCGAAGCCAAUCAUGACAAUUACAAGUCAAACCACUGUUGUCCAAAGAAAAUCUUGCCAGAACCAGUCAACAAGCCAUCAGACGACGAACAAAGUGAUCACACGAGCAUCACAUUCUGACACUUCCGCCUCUACUUGCUCUUCAAGCACGCGAAAUCAUGAAGAACAGCGACUGCCUAAAAAAGCAAACACGCGAAGUCGCAGGCCACCGCCAAAAAGUGCUGCGAACGAGUACCAACAGCAGAAGACGAGUGGGCACAAGGUUCAAAUUGACCCCUCGAUGUCUUCCGAAAUAAAGAACUUUUUCAGACCUACCUCUUCGCGAUCUGAGUAUGUCCCAACGCAGUCAGAAUACCGUCUUGCCCAGAAAGAAAUCGCUGCUGAUGUCAUGCACACGCUUGACGAGCAUCGGAUUCGCAAUGCGCCGUCUAUUCGUUACUCAAGCUCCAACCCAGUGAUUCCAUCAAGAACGACCCCAAGAAAGACACCACGCGAGCGUCAAUCAAAUUGCGUCGAACAGAAGAUCCUGUAUCCUCUACGAUUCACCGAGAAACGCUACAAAAAUCCUCAACAGAGUCCGAACAAAAAAGACUACUGGAAAUACCAGUUAUCGAGUUCUUCAACCCAAGCUAUAGAUGGCCGCGAAGUUACCAGAGACCUAAUCCGCGCAAAAACAACUCUCAGCAAAGCGUCGUUAUUCCGACCCGUCUACGCACUAGACACCAACAACAAAGUAAUCAUCGGUGACCAGUCUUUGGCGCAGCUACCUGUGAUCAUGCCCCUUCGUUGCUCGCAGCGCGGUCGAGCGGUACAAACAGAGCGAAUCUUCAGCGCUGCCAUCACUACUGACAACCAAGCAGACAACGUCCCAAUGCGGGGCGAGGUCCGCAAGGGGAUUCCUGAUAAAACCGCGCGAGUUCACAAAGCAAAGCCUUACUGUAUAAAGAUUCCACUCUCCCUGGCGCCCAGACACUACCAUCCAUCAGCGACGUGA